GGGUCAUUUCCACCAACGAACGGACAUCCAGCGGACGUGUACCCAGAACGUGUGACUAAAAAUGGUAUCAGUGAAGGGUUCAGUGGUACUUCUCACUCUCCUCUCCACUGUCCUAGCUAAUCCGCUAACGAACCAACCUGGCACCACGUUCAUCGUCGGUGGAUCAAAUGCCGACAUCUCCGACUUCCCCUGGCAGCUAUCCCUGCAGAUGCGGGGUGGAGGAAGGCACUUCUGCGGCGGAAGUAUUAUCUCCCCAUCCUGGGCAAUCACAGCUGCACACUGUCUCGAGCAUUUUACCCCCGAAAUGAUAAAAGUUUUGGCUGGGAGUACAAAUGUUAACAAUAUUGGUGGAAAAUUCUAUGAAAUAGAACGAUUUGUAAUGCAUCCGGAAUAUAAUGAGGACACCUUUUCCAACAAUGACAUUGCCGUCUUCAAGAUUCACGGAGAAUACGAUGGUAUCAACAUGAGAUCAAUCCAAAUGGGGGAUGUCGAACCAACCGCCGGGUCUACGGUUACAAUCAGUGGAUGGGGCAAUUUAGCGUGGCUAGGCAAUAUGCCGGAUAUUUUGCAAGCGGUUCACGUUCCAGUCGUCGACAGGAAUGUCUGCAAUCUCUCCUACAACGGUGGUGUCAAUGAAAACAUGUUCUGUGCUGGUAAACCAGGACGUGAUGCCUGCCAGGGUGAUAGUGGAGGUGCAGUUGUGCAACAUGGAAGGCUCGUGGGUAUUGUUAGCUUUGGGUACCAGUGUGCACUUGAGAAUUAUCCGGGUGUCAACACCAACAUUGCCAGCCCAUCAAUACGCAACUUUAUCCAAAGUGCCAUCAGGGAUUGACAACACCCCCGCCCGAUCAAUCAAUAAUUAUUCCUGUCGCACAUCGAGACAAACUUCCGGCAUCCGACAAAAUUACUUAUUACAACACCCACACACAACCCAAACUUUUAACUGCGUGACAAGUCUGUAUGAAUAAAUAAAAUACAACAAUGGGAGAUUUA